UACAGAAGGAUGGUAUCUGGGUGGGCUGUUUGAUGAAUGCUGGCCGGCUGGGCACUGAGGUAACGCAGGCCUGUCGCGCUGUUUGCGGUCAGUGAUCGUUUGAUAUUGGAGGGUAGCGGUGGAGAUUGUUAUAAACAAGAGAGUUCCGGAACCUGCCACCAUGGAGGAUACAAUUUAUGUCCCAGCAGACCUAACUCCUGAGGAACGUAUUGAGUUGGAGAACAUCCGCCGUCGGAAACAGGAACUGCUGGAUGAGAUCCAGAGACUUCGGGAUGAGCUUAGUGAGGCCAUGAACGAGGUGGAAGGACUAGAGGCCAAUGAAGGAAGUAAAACUCUACAGAGAAAUCGUAAAAUAGGAAUGGGAAGAAAGAAGUUUAAUAUGGAUCCCAAAAAGGGGAUACUGUACCUGCAGGAAAAUGAGUUGCUACGAAACACUCCAGAAGAAAUUGCUCGGUUCCUUUAUAAAGGCGAAGGCUUGAAUAAAACUGCCAUCGGGGACUAUCUGGGAGAGCGGGAGGACUUAAACAUUGCUGUUCUUCAUGCUUUUGUGGAUCUCCAUGAGUUUACAGAUCUGAAUUUGGUGCAGGCGCUCAGGCAAUUUCUUUGGAGCUUCAGAUUGCCAGGAGAGGCUCAAAAAAUUGACCGCAUGAUGGAGGCAUUUGCACAAAGAUACUGCAUGUGUAACCCUGGUGUCUUCCAGUCAACAGACACGUGCUAUGUUUUGUCAUUUGCGGUCAUCAUGUUAAACACUAGUCUUCACAAUCCCAAUGUUCGUGACAAGCCCGGCGUUGAAAGAUUUAUUUCUAUGAACAGGGGCAUCAAUGAUGGAGGUGACCUCCCUGAGGAACUACUACGGAACUUGUAUGACAGCAUUAGAAAUGAGCCCUUUAAGAUCCCAGAGGAUGAUGGAAACGACCUGACACACACAUUCUUUAACCCUGACAGAGAGGGUUGGCUUCUCAAAUUGGGUGGACGAGUAAAAACUUGGAAACGACGUUGGUUCAUUUUGACAGACAACUGUUUGUAUUAUUUUGAAUAUACCACAGACAAAGAGCCUCGAGGUAUCAUUCCUCUAGAAAAUCUCAGUAUUCGUGAAGUUGAGGAUCCCAGGAAACCGAACUGUUUUGAGCUCUAUAUUCCAAACAACAAAGGGCAGCUUAUCAAAGCAUGCAAGACAGAGGCUGAUGGCAGAGUAGUGGAAGGAAACCAUAAUGUCUAUCGAAUUUCAGCACCAACACCAGAAGAAAAAGAAGAGUGGAUUAAGUCUAUAAAGGCAGCUGUGAGCGUGGACCCUUUUUAUGAAAUGCUGGCAGCCCGUAAAAAACGUAUCUCUGUCAAGAAAAAGCAGAUGCAGCAAGAACCACAAGAACAGUCUUAAAAUUUAAAUCCUACCAUUUCACUUAUUUUGCGGUUGAAGAGUGCUUUUAGCCAACAAACAUUUAUCACUCCUUUUUGGAAAGUGAAGACACCCGUCUGCCACAGAUUCUGGCUGAUAAAAAGAUUUUCAAAUAAAAAAAAAGCCUUUUUAUUCUACAGCUGGAAUAUUUUCAGGCUUCAGUUGUGUUUUCUUUAAAAGACUAUGUGGGUGCAGUUGAUAUGAACCACCUCGGCAGGUUUCUUUGAUUUGGACAGUUAACUGUUGUAAAAUAUUUUUAUUUUACUUUUUUUAGUGUUUAAUCUUCUGUGGAAUCAAGUUAUGAAGCUACUGCAUGAAAGAAAAAGUAUGAACCAAAAGCACAAGAUUAUAGCACACGACUUAGAAAAUUGUGGUACCACAUCUGUUGUGACAAGGAACAAUUUGUCCCCUGUGUGACACCGAAAUGAUUUGCACAGAUUUCUUACUCUUUUCUGGUCGAUAGCAGAUAUUAAAGCAAUACUUAGUGCCACAUUUUGUUAGGAUAUUUAAAAUUCAAAGGUGGUUUAUCUGUAGUAGCAAUUGUCUGUUACACAUAUGCUUUACAUUCUCUUAAGCAUCAGGGCUAAACAGAUUCUUGCUUUGGGAAUUACCCAAUACAAGCUUAACAUAGUACUGCUUUGUAAAGUGAAAACAUAAGUUGCUUGCAAAUUGAGAAGUGUGUAGGCAUCUGAUUAUGGAUUUAAUUGCUAGAUAAUUUGAGUAAUAUGAGGAAUCCUGGGGAUUGUAACCACUUAAAAGAGCUUUCUUUGCUUGAAUGUUAAGUGAAUAGAAUACAAAUGCCAUGUUCUAACUAACAGGGCACACAAGUCAAUAUUUUACUAUUGUAAGCUUUUAAAGCAGUAAAACUACUUUUGUUAGCAGAAUGAACAGUUGAAUCAGUUUUUCAUUUUUAAUUUAUGUAUAGCAUACAUAUAUAAACUACAUCCAUAAAGGUGGGGCUAAUCUGGCCUCCUUUUCUGUGAAAUGUUGCAACUAUUUAAAACCUUGGUGUUUGCACUGAAUUCAUGAUGUUGAACGCUAGCAGUAGCAUUUUGGUGUUCAUUAAAAACAAUUGACAAUAUUUUGUAACAUAUCAGGGCCUUGCUAAGUUACUUUUUUAUUAAUAAUAGGUUACUAAAUCAGUGUGACCUGCAAGCUACACAAAGCUUUGUAUUGCAUAUUAUAUGUAGCAAUGGCUUUUGUUGCUUGUGUUCUUUUUAAUUUUUGGAGAAUUUACAAAUUCAUUAUUAAGAAAGAAAGAAAAUUUGAUAUCCUGUUUCGUAAAUGCAACAAUUAUGUGCUAUAUUAAUUUUUUACUUAUUUUUUUUUUUUUUUUUUUUUUUUAAAUAAUGUAAACUUUAAUAGAAUAUCAGUAUUUCAAAGUCCUCUGAACUUACCUCCUUUUCUUUCUCAAGGGAUAAUUGAUUUCCGGAGCCACAGUUCCUAAAUGUACAUACUUACACCAUUCCCUUCCCAAUGACAAUCUUCUGAUUAUUUGGGGAUUAAGAGUAGUUAAUGCACUAGCACAUAACCAGAGAAAACAAAUGCAGAUUUUGUUUCUUAUAUAUAUUUUAUUCUGCUAUGGAAAAAGCAUAUAUUAUCUUUGUACAUUUACACGUCAAUUUAAUCUUUUGUUCAGACAUUUUAAAUUAUUUUUAUUUUUUUAGUUUAGUUCAAUAUUUACUUUAUUUAUUUGAACUAUGUACUUUUAUAUACUAAUUCCACCUACACACCAAAAAAAAACAAGAGUAAGUUUUGGUUUGUUUUUGUAUACAUAUUUGUGUGUUUGUGUAUACACCACCACCUGCCAUGAAUUUUAAUUUAAGAAGUCUGCAUUCACUGAUUGUUUAUUUAAUUUGUGACAUAUCUUGGAUUCUUACCUUUGCUUCCAUAGAAAUCCCAAAAUAUCACACGUUAAAUUGUGUAUGUAUCAUUUUUUACACACUCCCACACACUUCCCUUUAAUAACAGAUGUAACGCAAUCUUGCUACUUUUGUACAUUUGUGCUUUUUGUUUGCUUUUUAAAUAAAUACAGUAAAUCAGUAAAUUAAUAUGCCUGUAAAGCAAAAAUGAAAGCUAAAAAUCACUAAAAAAAGGUGACAUUUGAAGUGAAGGUUAAUUAUUUAAACAUUUGGAGACCUGCAGUUUUGUUAAUAAAAGCUGUAUAUCUAAAAUAGUCACACUCACAAAAAAUCUGCAGUUAGGUUUUUCUCUCUGUGGGUCAUAGUUUGUGGGCACAACUCAGAUUUUGUACCACAAUUUUCAAAUGGCAAUAAUAUAACACUACAGUCUGUAAAAGGCAUUUUUAGUUUGAUGGUUUGUGAAUACCAAAUUUCUGGUAAUGUGGUGUGUUUACAGAAGAAAUAAAAGCACAUCUUCUUGGACAUUUAAGAGGGCAUUAAUUUUAGAUCACAUUUUUGUUUUGUAAUGUGACAUUUUGACAGGUUUUUGUAACUUCUUGUGCCAAAGGGGUAUAUUGCUUUCCCUCCUCCCCUUUCCUGCACUGUGCCUGUCUGUUACCUUCUUUCGACAGGAAAGAUUGUGAAGAUAUGUUUGGAGUUGAUACCUCAUCUUCCUUGUAAAUAUGGGAGAAAAUGGUAUUGGGUUGAAUUUUUGUUUGUAUUUUUUCUAUUUAAUAUUGUUGUAUUGAGUUUUGACAAUAAAAACUGACGCAUUUCAGAAGA